CUUUUUUUCUUUUCUUUUUUUUUUCUCCUCUCUCUUUUUCUCUCUGACAAAUACACUUCUGAACAGUUGUUUAUCCUAAUCACAAUCAUUCACUUCCUGACAGUCUGCUUAAGUUUCUUUUGCUCUCUUUUUUGCAUCCGUCCAUCUUUUUUACAAGCUCUCUCAUUCCUCAUUGUCCACUAUGCCAAAGGUCAAGGCUACUGCUGUCCCUACAAAGAAGUCAUCCGCGCCCACUGAGGCACCCAAAAAGAAGAUGUCUAUUUACAACACGUUCAUGAAGGAAGAACUUCCAAAGUACAAAGCUAAGCACGCUGGUGUCGAGCAUAAGGAGGCAUUUAAGCAAGUUGCCAUCAUGUGGAAAAACUCUCCUUUGAAUCCAAAGCGUGGCCAAUAAUAGCGAAACUAGAUUUCUUGAAAGUGGUCAACUAUGCUCUGCAAGCUGACCAACACACCCAAGCUCUCUUUUCCUAAUGCGCCUUUUUUCUUUUUUUUUUUCUUUUCCUUUCGUCAGUGCAUUGCCUUUUUACCUCUUUAGUAUUAUGCUGCAAUCCUUGAUUAUAUACUUCACAGUUUCAUUAAGAUGCUGGUUUUACUUUAGUUUAUGUAUUCAUG